UGCGUCUUCCAACGUUCUCCUCCUACGACUCUCCCCAUUCAAACACUACCACCUGCGGCGGCGGCGGCAGCGGCAGCGGCAGCGGCGGCAGCAGCAGUAGGAGGAAGAGGAGGAGAUGACGGUGAAGGGCGGCACGAACAAUGCUUGCGCCGCUUGCAAGUACCAGCGCCGCCGAUGCCCCGCCGACUGCCCGCUGGCCGCCUACUUCCCCGCCGACCAGCCCAAACAGUUCCAGAACUGCCACCGCCUCUUCGGCGUCAGCAACAUCCUCAAGAUCAUCAACAGGCUCGACCCGCCGCAGAAGGCCGAGGCCAUGAAGUCCAUCAUCUACGAGGCCAACAUCCGCGACCGCGACCCCGUCCACGGCUGCCUCGGCGUCAUCUGCACCCUCCACCUGCAGAUCCAGCACCUGCAGCUGGAGCUCGACACUGCCACCGCUCAGCUCGCGCUCUACCGCCACCACCACCACCAGUCCCUCCAGCUCGCGUCCCCCUUGUCGUCGGGCUCUUCCCCCAUCACCGGCACCGCUGCCAACUGCCUACUCUUCGACAACGGCAUCUCCAUCGUCGAGAGCUGCAGCCGCGCUGACAACAGCGAUAUCAAUACCGUCGGGCCCUUCUGGGCUCAUAAUUCACAUGCUAACAAUGACAGCACCGGCAACUCGAUCGUCGCAGUCACAGCUGCAGGAUUACAUGCUCCGUUUGCAGGUGUAAUCGAGCACGACUACGAUGAUAUUGCGCCUUACUUCGAUACCAUUGACGAGGACGGAGCUUACGAAUCAAGCUCGGAGUCUUCGUUGAAGGACACGAUGCAGUCGACGAUGGAGCAUGUCUCGCAAAACGAGCUGAAGAGCGCAGCUGCUUGCUUCACUCUCACCAAUGCUGUCAAUUAGGUGAUCUCGUCUCAUCAGUCAAAUAAUAUGCAGCGAAAUUUGAUGCUUACUAAGGUAGAUUACAUGAAGCAGAGUUCAAAUUUCUGAUGAAUAACAGGAGCUAGCUACAAUGCGUAGCUCGAUUGAUGAGACUACCAUUUCUUUUGUUAGGACAUUGUAUAGUUCGUGAUAAUAAUUAAACAG